AUGCCUUCUCCUGCGGAAGACUUACGCGCUCUGCUCUCAUUAAUCAACACCUCUGCGGAAGAGGCCAUCUCAAUCUACGAGGCAGCUGGCUCUGUUCCCACUUUAGACACUAUCGAGGCGUUCAAGGUACCAGAAGGAAAUAUCUCGCUGAAACGAACUCUCCGCACUUUGGAGGCCGCAUGUAACCAACUCACAUCCACUCUCAUGCCUCCUGACUUGAGCGUAUAUACACGUUGCACAGCAGCUAUGGACGCUGUCUGUACUCAAAUUGUUAUAAACAAGAAGAUACCAGACAUCCUGCUGAAUCAUUCUAAAGGCCUCCAUAUCUCCGAUAUUGCCUCAGAGACUCAGCUCGAGGAAGGAAAGCUCCUGCGAAUCAUGCGAUUUUUAGCGGCAAAGCACUGUUUCCGCGAAGUCGAACCCGCCACGUUCACGAACAACCCACUGUCUCUGUCUCUUCUCUCCGACACGCCACUCUGGGCUAUUCUCGCUGUUCGGUUGAAUCACUUUGAUCCGAUUGCCAUUGGGAAUUUCUUUGAGGCCUUGACAUCUCCUGAAUAUAGCCACUCGUAUAGUCCAAGCAAAGCACCGUUCUCACUUGGAAUCAAGGACAGAAUGCCGGACGGAACGGCCUUUGAAUGGCUGCAGAAGAAUCCUGAGAUGAGUGCGCUCUUCAAUCGCAGCAUGAUGGCCUGGUUCAGCAUGACCGAUGUAGACAUCGUUGACCGUGAGUUCCCCUGGAAGGAUCUUCCGGAGGGUACCACGGUCUGCGAUAUCGGUUGUGGCAAUGGAUUUGUGCCCCUCAGGAUAUCCAAGGCGCACCCACACCUUCGCUUCACCAUGCAGGAUAGAGAGUACGUCCUUGAAGAUACCAAAGCGUUAUGGGAGAAAGAGCAUCCCUCCCCUCAGACACACGCCAACUUCGUUCCCAUAGACUUUUUCAAAUCGCCUCCUGUGAUGGCUCAGGACAUCUACUAUGUGGGUAGUUAUGGCACUAUUCGGCAGGUCAUUCACGACUGGCCUCGCGAUGAAUGCAUCGCAAUCCUGAAGAAUAUACGAAUGGCGAUGAAGGAGGGUAGUCGCCUGUUACUUCAUAAGGGGAAGGCGAACGGUCAUGGCGCCGCCAACGGCGUCAACGGAAAGACCGUUAAUGGUGUCAGCGGAAAGGCCCUGAACGGUGUCAAGGGAGACGACAAACGCAGAUCGCGAUGGUGGACACUGGGCACGAAGGAUCGCGCCACGUUCAAAAAAUCCCAAGGACACACGCAUCUCCUGGAGACUUUGGAGGCAAACAUUGAUAGGGCACCCUAUCCUCUCUUGCCGAACUACGGCUACGGAGCAGCCCGCAGCGGAUUUUUGGAUUUGGAAAUGCUGGUUCUUUUCAACGCGUCGGAGAGAACUCUUGAACAGUUCAAAGAUCUUGGUGAGCAGGCGGGCCUCCGAUUCGUCAAGGUGUGGCACCUUGCGGAGACCGGUCUCAUCGAGUUCGCCCGAGACUAG